CUGGAGCAGUAGAGGGCGGGGCCGCUGAGGUUGCUGUGUGGAAGGCAGGUGAUGGUUCCUGGAGCCGAGUACACCGUUACUGCGCUGGAGUAGCCGGGACUGCAGCCCGCUGAGGAGAGCACGGCUCCCAGCCAUGGACUGACGGGGCUGUGCAUGCUCUUCUUGUCGCCGGAGUCAUCAUGGGGGCCAAGGAAUCUCGGAUCGGGUUCCUUACAUAUGAUGAAGCCGUCAAAAGAGUGACGGAUGUAGAACUAAAGAGGCUGAGAGAUGCUUUCAAACGAACCUGUGGUGGCCCUUCAUAUUACAUGAGUCAGCAGUGCUUCAUCAGGGAGGUGUUAGGAGAUGGAGUUCCUCCAAAAGUUGCAGAGGUCAUUUACUGCUCUUUUGGUGGGACCUCAAAAGGAUUACACUUCAAUAACUUGAUAGUGGGACUUGUUCUUCUAACAAGAGGUCGCGAUGAAGAGAAGGCUAAGUAUAUUUUUAGCCUCUUUUCCAAUGAGUCUGGUAGCUGUGUUGUUCGAGAGGAUAUGGAGAGUAUGCUCUCUGUUGUAGAUGGAGAAGUCCCAUUGUCCCUGAAAAAAUGCUUUGCUGAGGGUGAAAAGGUGAACUACGAAAAAUUUCGAAACUGGUUACUUCAAAAUAAAGAUGCUUUUACCUUUUCUCGCUGGUUGUUGUCUGGAGGGGUCUUUGUAACGCUCACUGAUGACAGCGACACUCCUACUUUCUAUCAGACUUUGGCUGGGGUCACACACUUGGAAGAGUCUGACAUCAUUGACCUGGAGAAAAGAUAUUGGCUAUUAAAGGCUCAGUCGAGGACAGGACGCUUUGACCUGGAAACAUUUGUCCCUUUGAUUUCCCCACCAAUUCAUCAGUCGUUGAGUGAAGGGUUGUUUAAUGCAUUUGAUGAAAACCGUGACAACCACAUAGACUUCAAGGAAAUAUCGUGUGGUUUAUCUGCUUGCUGCAGGGGACCCCUAGCUGAGAGACAAAAAUUUUGUUUCAAGGUGUUUGACAUAGACCGUGAUGGUGUUUUGUCUCGUAAUGAACUGGAAGAGAUGGUUCUUGCACUACUAGAGGUCUGGAAAGAUAACCGCACUGAUGCCAUACCUGAAUUACACUUGAAUCUUUCUGACAUCAUAGACAAUAUAUUAAAAACUCAUGACACAACCAAGAAUGGGCAUCUCACCCUGGAAGAUUACCAGAUAUGGAGUGUUAAAAGUGCUCUUGCCAACGAGUUUUUAAAUCUUCUGUUCCAGGUUUGCCACAUAGUUUUGGGUUUACGACCAGCCACUCCAGAAGAAGAAGGGCAGAUUAUCAGGGGAUGGUUGGAAAGAGAGAGUCGGCAUGGCCUUCAACUUGGGCACAAUUGGUUUCUCAUAUCUAUGCAGUGGUGGCAGCAGUGGAAAGAAUAUGUCAAAUAUGAAUCUAAACCUGUCGUUAUUGAACCAUCUUCAUCGUUAAAUGGCAGCCGGUACUCACUUGGGGCAGCCUCAUUGGAUCAAAGGGAAGAUGACAGGACUGGCACUAAUGUACAUAGCACUACAGAAGAAAAAUCUUCCGAUAACAUAUCUUCUGCAUCGGAAGCUUCGGAGUCAACAUCCAGCACUUUCCUUUACUCCAGCACGGCAGGUGCAGACAUGUGCUUUGCACGCCAGCACAACACUUCAGAUAACAAUAACCUGAGUAUGAGUGGUUCCAAUGGUAGCAUAUUAAUGCAGCUUAAUCCGCAGAAGCCGGGGGCUAUCGACAACCAACCACUAGUCACACAAGAGAAUGUAAAGGUACCCUCGCUAACACUGGAAGGAGGACGCUUAAAAAAAAGUCCUUCUCUGCUUCGUGGAAAAGAUUAUGAAAUAGUUCCAGAGCCAGUGUGGAGAGCACUUUAUCACUGGUAUGGAGCCAACUUGUCCUUACCUCGACCGGUCAUCAGAAACAGCAAAACAAACCAUCCAGAACUGGAACUCUUUCCACGCUAUCUACUUUUCCUGAGACAGCAGCCUGUGACUCGCCAACAGCAGUCUAACAUCUGGGUGAAUAUGGGUAUGAUGAGCCUGAGAAUGUUUCCUCAGCAUUUACCCAGAGGAAAUGUGCCAUCUCCAAAUGCACCUUUGAAAAGAGUUUUAGCAUAUACCGGGUGCUUCAGCCGAAUGCAGACGAUAAAAGAAAUCCAUGAAUAUCUUUCUCAGCGUUUACGCAUAAAAGAAGAAGAUAUGCGUUUGUGGUUAUAUAAUAGUGAGAAUUAUCUAACCCUGUUAGACGAUGAAGACCACAAAUUGGAAUAUCUCAAAAUUCAGGAUGAGCAGCACUUGGUAAUAGAAGUUCGGAACAAAGAUAUGAGUUGGCCAGAAGAAAUGUCAUUCAUUGCAAACAGCAGUAAAAUUGAUAGGCAUAAAGUUCCCACUGAAAAGGGAGCAACAGGACUCAGUAAUUUGGGGAACACUUGCUUUAUGAACUCCAGUAUCCAGUGUGUCAGCAACACUCAGCCUCUCACAAAGUAUUUCAUCUCAGGGAGACAUCUGUAUGAGCUAAACAGAACAAAUCCCAUAGGAAUGAAAGGACACAUGGCAAAGUGCUAUGGAGAUUUGGUUCAAGAGCUGUGGAGUGGUACGCAAAAGAAUGUGGCUCCUUUAAAACUAAGGUGGACAAUAGCAAAGUAUGCCCCUCGGUUCAAUGGCUUUCAGCAGCAGGACUCCCAAGAGCUGCUUGCAUUUCUUCUAGAUGGCCUCCAUGAAGAUCUUAAUAGAGUACAUGAGAAGCCGUAUGUUGAGCUCAAGGACAGUGAUGGACGACCAGACUGGGAAGUUGCGGCUGAGGCUUGGGACAAUCACUUGAGGAGGAACCGGUCGAUAGUCGUGGACUUGUUUCAUGGACAGUUGAGAUCUCAAGUGAAAUGUAAAACCUGUGGGCAUGUCAGUGUCCGAUUCGACCCAUUUAACUUUCUCUCUCUGCCUCUGCCCAUGGACAGUUACAUGCAUUUGGAAAUCACAGUUAUUAAAUUAGAUGGCACAACACCUGUACGGUAUGGGCUAAGGCUGAACAUGGAUGAGAAGUACACAGGCCUGAAGAAACAGUUGAGUGAGCUAUGUGGUUUGAAGCCUGAACAGAUCCUUCUUGCAGAAGUGCAUGGAUCGAACAUUAAGAACUUUCCUCAGGAUAACCAGAAAGUACGGCUGUCAGUGAGUGGUUUUCUCUGUGCUUUUGAGAUACCGAUUCCUGGAUCUCCUACAUCAGCCACAAGCCCCACACAACAAGAUUCCAGCACAGUGCCAUCAUCCAAUGGACCACAGAGUUUCAUGCCAAAUGGAGGACUGAGUCGGCCACCAGUAAUCCCCAAUGGGAUGCCAAAUACUGUAGUGCCAUGUGGGACAGAGAAGACCGUGGGGAAUGGGGUACUCAAUGGGCAUAUCUCUCUCCACCCAGAUGGCCCUUUUAUAGGCUAUAUCAUUGCUAUUCAUAGAAAAAUGAUGAGAACAGAGCUGUAUUUUCUAUCAUCUCAAAAAAAUCGUCCAAGCCUAUUUGGGAUGCCUCUAAUAGUUCCAUGCACUGUACAUACCAGGAAGAAAGAUUUGUAUGAUGCAGUAUGGAUCCAGGUCUCCAGACUUGCAAGUCCUCUUCCACCACAAGAAGCAAGUAACCAUGCACAAGACUGCGAUGACAGUAUGGGAUAUCAGUAUCCGUUCACGCUCAGAGUGGUGCAAAAAGAUGGGAAUUCCUGUGCGUCAUGCCCAUGGUACAGGUUUUGCAGGGGAUGUAAAAUUGACUGUACGGAAGACCGUGCCUACAUUGGUAAUGCUUACAUUGCUGUAGAUUGGGAUCCCACAGCUCUGCAUCUUCGUUAUCAGACAUCACAAGAAAGGAUUGUGGAAGAGCAUGAGAGCGUUGAACAGAGCCGUAGAGCGCAAGCAGAGCCCAUUAACCUUGAUAGUUGUCUCCGCGCCUUCACCACCGAGGAGGAGCUGGGAGAGGAUGAAAUGUAUUAUUGUUCCAAAUGUAAAACCCAUUGUUUAGCUACAAAGAAACUUGACCUGUGGAGGCUCCCUCCAAUUCUGAUUAUCCACUUAAAGAGGUUCCAGUUUGUGAAUGGUCGAUGGAUCAAGUCUCAAAAAAUUGUCAAAUUUCCCCGUGAGAAGUUUGACCCGAGUGCCUUUUUGGUACCUCGAGGGCCAGUACAGUACCUGAAAAGGAAACCAGGACUUAAGUGCAAUGAUCAAGCAGAAAGUCGCUCAACGCAGGGAGACCUGAAGAAACAGGAACUGGCAAACCUUAGUCCUGCUGGAGAUGGGGAUGCACUUGGGAAAAUUCAGCCUGUAAUCAGUUCUUCCACUGCAAAUAGUAAAGCAUCUCCAUUACAAGGAAGGAAAGCUGCUACAAACUCUUCUAGUAAAAACAACAGUCCCAACAAUAGCCCAAGAACUUUGGGAAGGGGCAAAGGCCGUCUUCGUUUACCUCAGCUUGGAGGCAAAAAACUCUCAAGCAGUAAAGAAAACUUGGAUCAAAGCAAGGACAAUGGCUCAGAUAACGAAACAAGAGAGACUUUGGAUCAGGUAGAUUCUAGUAAAGGACAUAUUUUAGGUGGAAGUCAAACUGAGUUAGCCUCAACUCAGGAUUCUCAGGUGGUUUUAACCAAUGGACUGACCCAUGAGCAGAACAUGUGUAACAGUCAGCUUGAUAACCACAUAGGGGAAGAAGAGGAUGUCACUGUUGACCAAAGAGAAGACAACUGCUGUCAGCCUAUAUAUAACCUUUAUGCCAUUUCGUGCCAUUCAGGAAUAAUGGGUGGAGGUCAUUAUGUUACUUAUGCCAAAAAUCCAAAUGAAAAAUGGUACUGCUACAAUGACAGCAGUUGUAAGGAGCUACACCCUGAUGAAAUCGAUACAGACUCUGCCUACAUCCUGUUCUAUGAGCAGCAAGGGGUGGACUAUGCACAAUUUCUGCCAAAGAUUGACGGGAAGAAAAUGGCAGACACUAGCAGUAUGGAUGAAGACUUUGAAUCUGAUUAUAAAAAGUAUUGUGUGCUGCAGUAACAUGGCCGUGCUUCCAGUAUGUUCAGCUGAUUCGCUGGGGAGACAGAAGAGUAUUGAAGAAGAAUGUUAUGGAGAUAUUAUUCUGUCUAAAUUUUUGGUGUUGAGGUCACCAAUGCAUGUAGGGCCAUUCAACAACAUAGACAGUAGAUAAAAUGACAUUGAUUCUUUUAAAUGUCCUUCUAUUUUUUUCUGUACGUUUUAAUUUAUUUUUGUCCUUUUCAGCAAUGUGCCUAGGGCAAGUGAAGUUAGCCAUCAUUUUCUUUUCUGAUUUUUUUUAUUUUUAUUUUUUAGUGCAAUUUCGCAGUGACUUAAAUGUUAUAAGGAGCAUAUGGUAUUGACUUUCAUCUGAUAUUUAUUAAUUAACGAUUCUCGAGGACGAAGAUAUUUCAGUCGAUUCAGUCCCUGUGAUAGUUCUCAAGGACCGAAGUUGUGUUGGCUAUGGCCACAGGUCCAUGCGAUACAUGGUGUGCAUUGAAGUCUAUGUACACAGUGUGAUGUGUCAUUGCAUACAGACUACUUAAUGCGCUGCUUCUUGCAGUAGUCCUUGAUGAAAGGAUCUUAGAAAGCAUACAAGUACAAUGUCCUGUAAGGGGUUUUCAUUGUUACCAUUAAUGAAAGGUUUUUCUAACCAGCCAUAAUGGUGCACACAUCUUUGCAAUGUUAAACAUUUCCAAAUACUAUGGGGGUCAUUUAUUAAAACCGGCUUUUAAGACGUCGGUCUUAAUAAGCCCUUUAGCUGAUAGUGGUUCGGCUGAAGUUAUUCAGAGGCGCCGGCCUCUACAUAACUUUGGCGUAUCGACUGCCAGUCUAAAUGUAAGACACUUUCCUUGCUGGUGUAGAUUUAGACCAUUUUCUACGCCUAAAACAGGUGUAGAAAAUGAUGAAUGAGACGGGCCUGCCAACCCUUCCCUGCCCACUUGUUUAGACCUGGCAUGCACAGGGAAAAAUGUCUUAUUGCGGAGGAAAUAACCUGUAUUAUAAUAACAAUGUGCGCCAGAAAUACCUAAUAUUUGCGUAUUUCUGAUAGUAAAUGACCACCUACAUUUAUAUGCAAUGACAUAAGAAUUUAAAAAACUGGAAUAGAGGUUAUUAAGACGAUCUCUUAAUGGGCGUUGUCAUCUACAUUGCAGCUCAUCUAUUAAACAAUGUGUGGCAAUAGGUGGCUAAAAACGAUGACAUUCAAAAUGGGAGUCCCAUUAUUAUCAAUACAAUCACCAUGAUAAUGAGUGCUUUGAUAGUUUUUUUUAUUUUUUAUUCCAAUAUUGAGACAUAGAGAUAUGGCCAUAUAUUUGCGCCAAAGGACCGUAUACAUUUGCAGCAAGCGUAAGUCAGUCAUGCAGGUUCCCUUAAGACAAAUGUGAGAAACAGUUAGGGUCUAUUCACACAUCCGUAUGUGCAGGCAAGAGUAGGACAUGUUCUAUUUUUUUGCGGAACAGAAGUGCAGAUCCGCAAAUGCGGAUGUGGACAGCACUUUCAGGCCCCAUUGAAAAAGAAUGGGUUCGCACCUGUUCCUCAGAAUUGCGGAACAGAUGGAGACCCAUUUUUCGGAUGUGUGAAUGGACCCUUAAGGACUCAUGUACACGACCAUGUCCGUGUUGUGGUCUGCAAACCAAGGUCCUGCAAAAUAUGGACGCCUUCAAUGUGCAAUCUGCAUUUUUUUUCACUCCCAUUUAUAGAAAUGACCAUUCUUAUCCACAAUAUGGACAAGAGUAGGACAUGUUCUAUAAUUUGCGAAACGUGCAGACAGCACAUGGAUAAUGUUUUUUUUUUUUUUUUUUUUUUUUCCUUUGUGGACCCAUAGAAAUGAACGGGUCUGUGUGCAAUCCGCAAAAAAUGCAGAUCGGAUACAGAUACAAAAUAAGGUUGUGUGCAUGAAGUCUUUUUUAAUGACAGAAACCACUAUUUUUUGCAACAUCAGCAAGUACAUUGUCACAUAAACAACACUAUUCAGACACGUCCCCUGUGGCUUUUGUAUUACGUUUCUAGUUUUAUUACACAUACAAAUUCAAAUGAGUAAAUUCCAGUGUUUUAUUGCUAAUGCUGUGUAAACAUCAGAAGUCAGAUUUUAGCAUUAUUAAAUAUAAUCUUAUUUUAUGAUAAUGGAGAAGCACUGGGGGCGAUAUAGGAAAAGUUGCACAUAAUAAAGACAGAAGGAUGAUUAGGACUGCUUUGCUUUCCCCUUUAUAGUACUUGUCUUUUCUAUUGUAUAUUACUUUACAAUUAAAGCAGGAAAAGGGAACAUCUGACACAUUUUAACCACUUCAGGCUGAAAUCACACUUUCAGUUUUUGUAGUACUUUUUAAAGUAGUGUAUUUUUAAAUUCAAAUUCGGCAGUGGAUUCCAGACAAGUAGAAGGACUCGGUCCUUCUGGAUACACAUCUUGUAUUGCUUCAAAAACUCCAUUGAAACUGCCUAUGUAUUUUCAGCCUUAGGGUACAUUCACACAACCGAUUUUACAGCGGAGUUUUGGCACAGACGGCCUCAUUGAUAUUUCGCCAAAAAAACCACUGGCAUCUACUUUCUUUCUGCCUCCCAUUCAUUUCAAUGAGGGCCAGCUCGGAGGAUAAAAAACAUGUCCCCUUUCGGUCGGCCAUGGCUAUAAGCCACCACUCCGCGAUCCUCAGUGCUGCCUCCCAUUGAGAUGUACGGGAGGCAGAAAGGACGCAGCAGCCAGUGGGUUUCUGCCAAAAUUUUGUCGUGGCUGCCUGCCAAAAUUUUGCUGUAAAAUCCAUUGUGUGUACAUCCCUUUAUAGUGGAAACAAUGUAAAAAGAGUUCUCCCAGAAUCUAGGGCACUCAAUGUUUUCAGCAAGCUCCAUUCAUUUAGAUACAGUAGAUCGUGACAAGGACAUGUUACAUCUCCAAAAGAGUCCCGAGAACUGAAGUCAACUGAUCAUUAUUUUGGGACAUGUCCUAAUGACAUCAUAAAAUGAAUAUUAGGAAAAACCCAUUUAAAGGGAUAUUCCAGGCUACAGAUAUUGAGAUAAUGGGGGCCUGGCACCCAGCACCCCACUGAUCAGCUGUUUUGGGAAGGUACGGUGCUGUAAACUAUACCUUGUAGAAGGCUCUGUGCAUUGUGUAGUUUGCGGAGUCGGCGUACUGCAACUCAGCUCCCAUAAUACCAGCUAAGCUACAGUACCCUGGCAUGGCCACUACACAGUGUACGAAGCUGUCUUCUACACUGUAUAAGUUCCCUCACUGCAGCGGCCUGAAACACCUGAUCCGUGGAGUGCCAGGUGUUGGACUCCCACCAAUAUUAAGUUGAUGACCUAUCCUGAGGAUAGGUCUUCAUGAUAUACUGUAAAUCCUGGAAUACCCCUUUAACAUUUAUUUUGUAAUAUAACUAAACCAAUAGGAAUUAAGAUUUUUUCGGAAUGCCCAGAUUAAUUUUUUGUGACAUGAAUUUGCUUUUACUUUGUAAGAUAUUCCCAUGAUUACUGAAGUGUAUCCUCCUAGUAAGUGGUAAGAGGCUAUACAGUCAUCCAAGUAAAUCUGAAAAGCGACAACUUUUCUGCUGCAGCAGAAAUUACAGGGAAUGGAGCUUUUGUAACCCUAAGCUAAGGCGAAAUCUUGCUGCAAAGAAUUAUGGUCUUGUAUUACAAGACCAUGACCAGGAAAUAUUCUGGUUGAUAUGUCAUUUGUCAUACAGAUUUUAGAUGUAAAUGUGGAAUUAGGUUUCACUUCCCACUUCUUAAUUAAUUAUAAUGAAAUGGUUAGAUCCCACGCGAAGCUUGUUUAAAGGCCACUAACAGGUAUAAUGGUCUGAACUGGUCAUUUUCAGUGUUUCUCAGGAAUGUCCCUCUAGUAUCAGUGAAUGACGUACAUACACUGCAGAACGUGACACGUAUUCCUCUAUUACUCAUUAGCCCUGAAUGGUUGCAUUGUACAGCCCUGAAUAGACGCAUUGUACGUCUACUUACUAGAGUUUGAUAUCUUAUAGAGAUUCAGCAUCUAUUGAGUUUUCUCUUUGUCUCUAAGCGUGCAGUGACAUUUUAUAUUCAGUUUAAUUGCCGCCUAUGAGCUCCUUUACUUUUCACUCUGCUUUCAUUCAUACUAGAUGGUGUUAUUAUCGAGACAUCACUGUCAUCAGAGUUCACCACACAUACUCAUCUUGGACUAUUCAUUUCUAAGCACACAAGUAAGCACAAUGUUUGGACAAUGUGGACAGCACUUGACGUUCUUUGUCCAGACAAUUACUUUAUGUAAAUAUGCCAACCAUAGUGCCAUGCAUUUCCUUUUAUUAAAGAUGGUUGACCAAUGAUUAAAGAAUUCUACUGAAGCUGAGCUAUUUAUUGGGCAUUGUGCGGCAUUACCAACCUACACAUGCUCUAUGUUUUUAAGAACAUUUGUUUGGCAGGUUCUGUUACCUACAUUGUUGCCAUUUUUCAAUUAAUUUGUUACAUAAUCUAGGCUGUAAAGUACUUAACAUUAGAAAGUUUAAAAGGCUAUGUACACCUUCGGGGCAAUUAUUUAUGAUUGCAUUUUACUCAAUUUUCAAUUAGCCUUUAUUAAAAAUAUGCAGCAGCUUUGUCAUGAAAGGUUGACUUCUACCUAGCUGUAAUAGCUCAAAAACAGUUAUUUAAGGCACAGAAUAAGAAUUGAGCGCUAAUGAAUGUUGCAGAGAGCAGAGAUAAGGAGCCAUCAGCUGAGCUUCCUGGACAGAACACAAUAAAAAUACAGAGUAUGCUAUCUAGAGAAUCUCAUGGCUGUACAGCGAAAGGGGCUCAACCAAUUGAAAAAGUGAUUUUUAGCUCAAAAUUAGUACAAUGCAAUAAUUUAAAAAAAUUGCCCCGAAGAUUUCCAUAGCCUUUAAGCCAUCCUGUAGACAAUUUUUAUUGCCUUUUUGGGUAUAGAAAUGAACUUGUUUUUAUACUGCUAUUCUUUAGCUUUACUAAAAGAAUCUUAAGGAAAAUUAAUACUUUAUCCUAACUUGAAAUGUGGUCCCCAAACUUAAAUUAUCAAGACUUAUAUACAUUAAAGUAUAGGUAUAUAGUGUGUCUUAAGGACCUUUUUACAGGAGUGAUCGGUUAAACGAGCAUUCAUAAUAGUACUCAUUUGUCAGCUGAGUGGAUCUUUUAUGCAGGCAUAAAAUGCUUGCUUGUCAGCAGCACAUCCCCUCAUGUAAAUAGGGAAUGUGAUACUGAUGUAAUGUAAAGUGUAAGGGGAUAAACAAUUGUAUUAAUGCUCAUUCAUCCCCUAUACAGUUUCCAAUUCCUUGUUAGGGCCCUUUAAACAAAGGUUAAUCAAUUUGUUGUUCACAACUCAUUAUGACCCCACAUCGGGCAAUGUAAAAGGACCUUUAGACCAGUCUGUAUAGAUAAGCAGAAGUAGACUGUACAUCCAUUCCUCAAGAACUAAAUGUAGGGCCCAAGUAAGUAUAAGUUAAGAAGCAUUUCAAAUAUAGUUGAUAUAGUUUUCUAGUUUUGUUAUGAUUGGUAUCAUAUCUCUAGCACCUGCACCAACCAUGGUGAGAUGCUGGGUCUGGUUAAAUUUGAAGGGUCCAUAAUUCAUAAAGUCACUUUAAAUUGUACAAGGCCAAACCUUAAAAAUUAAAAUUAAAGGGAAUCUGUCACCAGGAAAGAUAACUUUACAUAAUCACAUUCCUUGUGGAUGCAGUGCGGCAACUUGAUCUGCCCAGAUUAAAGUGUUCACUGGAUGUUAUAUUCCCUCCAUCCACAUGGCUGCACCCACAACUUUUGCAUCUGAAGGAGCCUUGACCAUUCAGACUGAGAAGCACAGUUAAUAACCUACAGAACACUUAAAACCAUUGCACUCCAAACUGGUCUGUUCCAAUAAAAGAGAGAUGCACUUAUUUAAAGGGGUUUGUCCUGAUGAAAGAUUUCCUUUAAACCCUAGAGAUCUCUAAAAUAGAAAUUUAAAAUGUAUAUUUCUAAUCCAUGAUAGAACUAAUGUCUUCAUACAUCAUACACACUAGAUUGAUCCUAUUGCAACCCAGUACAUAUUAGACUUUAAUAACCAAGCACAGACAACAGCCUUUCUUCAGAAUAAAUAUAGAACCUAUUUUGUAACCCCAGGCCACAAAAAUAUUGCAGCAGUGAUCGCAUUCAUGGCUCUUUGGCCAACUCCUAGAUGUUAUCCAAAGUUGUCAGCUUAUUGUACCUGGCAGGGUGGAUAUCCCCUUUACCUUCAGUCAACAUGUUGUAUCAGUGCAUUAAAUCCAUAUGUCUUCUGAAUUUUGAACAAUAGGUAUGUCAAAAUGUGCACUAAGGAGGCAGCACCUGUUCCACUAACUUAUUGGUAGGAAUAUUACAGGUUAACAGCAUUGGUCAAGUGUCAUGGUUCACCAUUUCGAUCAUAACAACAUGAUUUCUAAUGGGAUAUGCCUGUAUAACAAAAUACAACGUAUGCUUCUCUAUUUUCUUACCUAGUUAUACAAUGUGAACAUAACAGUGCAUCAAUUUGUUAUGAACAAACUACAUACUGGUGAUUGUUAGGUAAUCGUUAUUUAUGUUGGUAGCACGUUUAUAUUUUUUAAUCUUAUUUGUUAUUAUACUUGGUUGUAAUUAUUUUUUUUAAAUUAUAAAAUUCUAUAAACUCAUAAAUUAGCAGGACAUUUAUUAAAUUAACCGUUACCUACGUUCAAUUUGUAAAUUCUUGUAUAAAAAUAUUGACAAUGCACUGACUUUAGAAAGAUUUUUAUGUACAUAUGCACCUUGUAAAUAAGAUUAGUGUUGAUGUUAUUGAAAUAUGACAUGUAUAAAAGUAUUGGUAAUUGUACAUGGAGUGACCCUGUUUAUCUGUAACUAUUAUUCCAACAAAUUAAAAGCUGUGGAUGCAGAUAUUA